AUGAUGAAGAUGACCCAAGAACAAGUAGGACAGAGCGCGCACUUUCUAGACAUGGAAAUAGUCCAAGACGUGACAGGAAACACCUGUAUAUUUUCCGAAAUCCUUUAGUUCAGAUGUCAGAGUACAGUUUUGGUAUGGUGUUGAGCACAACAUUUGGUACCGUGUUCGCCAUGGGGGUGAUUCGUAAAGUUUAACUGUAAGAAUAAGCGUGGAGGUAGGAGCAAAAUGAUAGGACGUAUUUUGUCGAUGGACGUACAGAUAACCAACGAUGUUGGUAUCAACGCAGGUAGCCACUGUGGUAUCAAUCAGGAUGUGAGGAUUGAUUUGAACAUACUAUUAGAGACAUGAGGAUGGUUGAAUGGAGCUCAAUGGUUUUG